GUGGCAAAUCGUUUUGUACCGCAAGUCCGCAACGCACUAUGGCUCGCCGACUUUGCCGUCUACCUCGCCUCUUCCCCUUCGUCACCGCCCCCAAGCGCCAGCACCCUCUCCCCGUCGCCAUAAACCCUAGCCCCGCCGCGCCCCGCCCUUCCUUCUCCUCCCCGACGACGAGGCUGCCACCUCUGUUUCCCGCCCUCUGCCGCCCCUUCUCCUCCUCUGCAGGCGAAUCAAGCAUGGUGGUCGUCGGCUCGGCGGACUCCUUCGCCAGCAUCCACUCCAAGGUGCAAGAUGAGAAGCUCCCGGCCGUGUUCUACUACACGGCGGUCUGGUGCGGCCCUUGUAGGGCGAUGGCACCUGUGAUUGCCAAGCUGAGCAACCAGUACCCCAAGAUCCCUGUGUACAAAGUCGACAUCGACAUGGACGGAUUUGGAAAUAAGCUAAGUGAUCUAAAAAUAUUCUCUGUGCCAACAUUCCAUUUCUAUCACAAAGGUGAGAAGACAAGUGAAGUAGUUGGUGCUGAUGUGAAAAAACUUGAAGUUGCCAUGGAAAGUCUUCACAAGCAACAGUAGAAGUUAUAUAUAAGAAGUUGAUCUGGUGGGGGAACAGGUUACAGUUCUUCGCGUGAAGUCAAGACUUUGUAAUGCUUCUGAUAAUAUCGACGUAUUUGACAUGGAAACUUCUGUUUUGCGACCUUGUUCAGAUAUUUCUUUGUACUGUAGCUGAAGAACAUCGUCAUCUGAAUUUGUGCUCUUUUGAGCAGAGGUUUUGUACACUGUCUGCAGGUUAUUUUAGCUGGAUCUACGGAAAUGUGUCUAUUCUGGGGUUACACCCACUAUGUUGGUUGAACUCGACUUGCACGAAUUGUGGUAAUUGUCCCGACUGUA